AUGGACACCAUCCCAUUCACAUCAGACCCAAAUUCGCUGCUGUGCGAAAACGGGCCAAGUGAUAAUAAAAAAACUCCAUUAGAAGAACCAUUGCUAUCAAUCGCACAAACUUUACCAACUAAUCCUGACAAUAAAAACAAUAACAUUGAACAAAACGAAACACUAUCAACUUAUGAAUUUCCAUCAACCUUAAUAAAUAAAGAAAUUAUGACAAAUGCCAAUAGUAUCAAUAGUGGGCUAACCAGUAAUUUAAACAGCGGUUUGAUUAAUAAUGCCUUCAAUAGCAGCAAUAGCGGUAUUAGUGGUGGUUGCUCAAACAACAUCAACGAUUUAAAAAACAUUAAUAGUAAUGACGAGACCUCAAUGGUAGAUACGACAAUCGAUGAAAAAAAUAAUCAAAAUAGCGAUGAAGAUGAUGAAUCAACACUACCCGAAAACUUAAACAAUACUUUAGUACCAACAUUACUUCCAAAAUCACCAAAGAUAACAAAGAAAAUAAGUAAAUUACAAGAACCUGAUAUUUCGGAUGAUGGUUCUAGUGAUGGAGACAAUGGAGACGAUGGAGACGAUAGGGACGAUGGAGACAAUGAGGACAAUGAGGACAAUGGGGACAAUGGGGCCGAUCAAUUACCAAAAGAAGAUAAUAAUAGAGCCAAAAUUAAAAGAAAUAUUUCAGAUUUAGAAGAUUUAUUACAAGAGAAUAACAUUUACAAAAAAAAUGACAAAUUAACCGAAACUCCAGAAGAAGAAGAAGAAGAAGAAGAAGCAGAGGAAGAAAAUAAACAAAAAACUAACGAAAAUGGUUAUCAAAAUGAUAUAAAAGGUGAUGAGAAUGAUGAAAACAAAUUUAUUAUAUCAAAAAAAUCAAAGAGCCAGAGUUCAAACUUUUAUUCAUAUGAAGAGCUAAAUAAGAAUAAAAGAAAAACAAUAUCCUCAGAGAAACCAAACCAAGAUGAUAUAAACCCUAAUGAUGAACCAACAGGCGAAUUUAUAACAUCAAAGAAAUUAAAAUCUGACCUUCCCCAACAAGCAACUAAAUCAAAUGAAAAAACAACACCAAAGAAAACUAAAAAAUUAAUUGAACCAAAAAAUACUGAAACAGCAAUUAAGGGAUUGGAUUUAGAAGAUAGCUAUAGUUUAGAAGAAAAACAAUCAAAUAAUAACAAUAAAAAUAAUAAUAAUAAUAAUAUUGAAAUUGAUAAUAAUAAUAUUACAAUUUUACCACCAAAGGCCACAAAUCGUAAAAUACUAUUAAAAGAUAAUGAAGAUGAUAAUAUCAAAAAGAGAAAAAAAGAAGAAAUUAAGAAAGAAAAGAAAAGAAAAGCUAUUGAAGAACCAAUAGAGGAGGAUACCUCUGAACAACUUUUAGAGCAUGAUAAUAGCGAAGAUAAUGAAGAAACUGAUAAUGAAGAAGAACUCAUUAAAAAGAAAUUAAAAACCAAAAAAUCUAGUACUAAAGAUAAAAAAAAGAAGCAUCUAGAGGAAGAGGUAUCGGAAAAUAUCGAAGAAGAAGAAGGGGUAGUUCCAAAAAAACAAAAAACCACCAAUCAAAAGAAAAAUCAAAUAAAUAAAAACAGUGAUGGAGAAUAUGUGGAGGAAUAUGUGGAGGAAUAUGUGGAGGAAUAUGUGGAGGAUAAUGAUGAAGAUGAUGAAGAUACCGAUAUUGAAAACAACAUAAAUAGAGGCAAUCAAUCUAAAAAACCAACCAAAUCAAGAAAAAAAAAACUACCAAAACAAAAAACAACAUUAUUUAAAGGAUUUUAUUUUUUACUAACUGGUUUGGGUGAAGAUUCAGAAAAAAUAACAGAUAUUAUUACUAGUGGUAGUGGUAAAAUCUAUGAUAAUAUAGCUUCCUUUUUCUCGACCAAAAUGAAGCGAAUUGAUGAAAUCCCAAACAAGAUAAUAUUGGCGCCAGACUGCGUUAAUACAAUUAAAUAUUUAAGAGGUAUUGUAGAAGGCGUUGAUUGUAUAAACAUCGAAUGGGUAUAUGAUUCAAAUGAAGAUCAAGAGCUAAAACCAUACGAGGACUAUAUUUUACCAAUUGGAAAAUCAAUUUUUAACCAAAAACCAAUAUAUCCUAGCAAAAAUUUCCGCGUCAAUAAUUUAUUUGAUGAUUUCAGAUUUGAACUAUCAACCCCAAAAAGAGAUAGUUCAUUCAAAGAUGACUGGUCUGCUAUUUUAAAAAAAUGUGGUGCCAAAAUUGUUCAACGUAUGUUAAAUAAAGGCAAAAUCGAUGCAUAUCUUUUAGAUGGUCAAGUUGGUAACUAUCUUCUUUAUGAAGUUUCCUCGCAAACCAAUGUCCCUAUAGUAUCAACCCAAUGGGUAUUUCAAUCAAUUAUCCAUCAAAAAAGAUUAGAAUAUAAGCUACAUCCAAGUUUUUUAAUUUUAAAUAAUCAACAAGAAAAAUAA